GUGCCCUGUUUUCUUUUCAAGUUUUCUCCCGUCCGCUCAACCUCUCCUCGCGUUUAAUCACGCACGCCCUCCUCCCGUCACUCUUUGUGUCAUUCCCUUAAAUACUUGACUUCCUAGUCAACACACUCUCUCAACCCCACGCACAACACCCCCACAUCUCUCAUCCCUUUCACUCUUUCAGUCAUGUUCGGUGCUCUCCCAGUCCUCUCUUUGGCUCUCGCUGCUUUCUCCGCUGUCUCCGCUCGUGUUGUUCCUCGCGCAAACCCCCCUGCUGGUUGGGACACCAGUUAUCUCGAGCCAUACGACAACUAUCAUUGUCGCUAUCUCGCUGUUGGCUGUGACACUCAACAUGGCACGUCGUUCUUUGAUCAGUGUUGCCAUCCUUUGUUGGCGACCGAGUCCGCCUCCUCUCUCCCUUCGCAGUGCCAGCUCCCUUCCGGUGUCACUUGUUCCAACGGCGAACCUGUAACUGCCUCGGACGAUGGCGACUGCACUGAGGGACCGUCGUCAACACCUUCC